GGCUGAAGGACCCCCCAAUCACGCCUGCACACCUCUCACAAACAGCUCAUUCACCGUUCAAUCCUACAUACGUCAAUCGAAACUCCACGUCACCCUCCACAUUCAGGCUCCGUGCAGGCAUCCGCCAUGUCAGGCCCGCCGUUCAAGGUCAAGGCCGUGUACGAGUACACCAGCCCGCAUGAAGACGACCUCCCCUUCCCCGAAGGCCAGAUCAUUACCGUCGUAGCCUUGGAAGACGCCGACUGGUACGAGGGCGAAUACACAGAUGCACAAGGUGGCAAGCACUCUGGUCUGUUUCCCAAGAACUUUGUCGAGCGCUACGAGCCAGAGAUCCCCUCGAGACCCGCCAGACGUCCCGCACAAGAGGUCCGCUCUCCUCCGCCGCAAGCUCCUGUGCCCGAACCCACACCUGGCGCUUUCCCAGAGGAAGCAGACGAAGACGACGACGACAGCUUCGCCGAGCCCCCUCCUGUUCCCGCACAGUCAAAGUCCGUCGUUGAGCCCAAGGCUGCACCAGUGCCGCUCCCUCCUCGCCAUGUCUCACCUCCCCCACCUGUGAGACAGACGGCGCCGCCUCCACCAGCUCAAGAGACUGUCAGAUCACCGCCUCCUCAAGCAGAAGCUACGUCUGCUCGCGAAACGAUCAAGUCUCCCCCGCCCGCGCCCAAGCCAGCUCCUUCCGAGCCAAUCAGAUCUGAGCCUGUCAAAGCAGAGACCCUUAAGAAGGAGCCUCCGCUAGUGAACAGCAAGCCCAGCUCAUUUAGAGACCGCAUUGCCGCCUUCAACAACGCAGGAGCUGCUCCCGUCGCUCCCUUCAAGCCCGCCGCUCCCACCUUUGUCAAGAAGCCCUUCGUCCCACCGCCUCCGAGCAAGAACGCAUACAUUCCUCCACCCAAGGCCGAGCCAGUGCAAAAAGUCUAUCGCAGAGAAGAGGACCCAGACAUUCAAGCAGAGCAAGCUCAGGCAGACGAAAAUGCCGCAAAGGCCGGUCUGCUGCCUUCGGACCACCCCCAGUCACCCACUGGCGAAGAGGAAGAAGACCAACCCAAGCCUCAAAGUCUGAAGGAGAGAAUCGCCAUGUUGCAGAAACAGCAGAUGGAGCAGGCAGCACGAAGGGCCGAUGUCGUUGACAAGCCCAAGCCCAAGAAGCCCGUCAAGAAGAACACGGAUGAUUCGACAGAGGCCGCCGCUCCUCCACCAGUUCCUCAAGCACCUGUUGCUGUCGCCGCCGAAGACGAAGAAGACGCUGCUGAGACAGAGCCGGCAGAACGACACGUCCGCCAAUCCUUCGACCAGCCUCUCGAACGUGAACGCACUCGCGGCUCUUCUACUCGUGCACUCUCGCGCGAACCACCAUCACCCGCUGUAGGUAACGAGGCCCACGGCGACGCCAAUGAUGCCGACAUGUCUGGAGCUGGAGACAUCACCGAGGAGAAUGAUGGGGAUAGCGACUCGACCCAGCCUGCCAGGAAAUCAAUGCAAUCCCAGCGAGCACCUGCAGCUCCCCUCAAAGAAGCCGACGUUGGUGAACAGCAAGACACAACCGAGGACGACGAGAGUAAAGAGGACGAGAUGGAUGCAGAGACUCGCCGUCGCAUGGAGUUGAGAGAGCGCAUGGCAAAGAUGAGUGGUGGUAUGGGCAUGGCGGGCAUGUUCGGCGCUCCUGCCGGCAUGCCCGGUAUGAUGGCGCCUGCUCCUCCCAAGACAAAGAAGAGCAGAGAUCACGACGAGCCUGCUCAGUCAGCCCCUGCUCCUGCACAAGCACCUCGCGUUCCUGUCAUGCCAAUCCCCGGCAUGCAGACUGUACGCAGCCCCGAGGUCGAAGACAGACAGCUUGCUGUCGAGAAGGAGCCCGAACACGACACAAGCGUCACUCGUGAGCGCGAGCCCUUGGUCGUACCCGAUGUUGAAGACGUCAAGCCUCAGCCACCACCGCACAUUGAGACUGUCCACCGCCUGCCUCCUCUCCCCACAGAGCGACCUCUAGCAUCUCCGACAAGCGAGCGAGCCCCUCCACCCGUACCUGACGCCCGUCCAGCACCUGCUCCGCCAGCAUUAGCAAGCCGACCCGUGCCCCCUCCUCUUCCACCAGUCGACACACAGAUGGACCCGUCUGAGGGUGAAGAAUCUGAUGAUGAGCGAUCCCUGGCACCCACUAGACAGUCAACCGAUUUGUCGUCUCGAGGAGCUCCCCCGCCAGUGCCCAGACCCGAGGCUACGCGCACACCAUCCAUGGGCUCAGCAAAGCGUGCUUCGACCUUUGGCAGCAUAGACGCCAUGUCACCCAUUUCACCUGCAACUCCCAGCUCGGAAAGAAGACAGAGCCGCAUUCCACCAAUCCCUAGCACUCUAUCUUCCCCGCCUCCUCCAGUCCCAGGCAGUGUGCCAUCUCCUCAAGCACGCGCUCCUCCACCGCCGCCACCUUCUGGUGCUCCUCAACUGCCACCCUUCAUCCCAAGCGCUCCUCUUGGCGAGCCUGUUGAAGGCGAGAGCGAGUAUGAGGGUGACUACGACACUGACAUUGCAUCUGGCGUCAAUCACAAGGAUGCUCUAAAGUCACAUGCUAGAGAUUCUAGUCUUGACGAGGUCGAUGUUCCUGCUCCGGCACCCGCUCCUCGUGCAGUUCCUCCACCGCCACCUUCUCAACCUCCGCCAUCUAGAGCCUCGAUGGAUGCUCCUCGUGUUGCUCCUCCACCAGUACCUGUUCAUGCUCCGAUCCAGUACGAACAAUACGAGGGUGACGACGAUCGCUACCAGGAACCUCCCCGUGCUUUGCCAAUCCGCGCUGUACCACCUCCUCCGCCUAGCGCACCAGCUCCUGUUCCAGCUCAUCAAGAGUAUGCUGAUGAUAGUUCGGAUGACACAUACGGUGCAUCACCUCCUCGCCAAUCAAUGGAUCGCCCACCUCCUCCGCCACCAGUCGAUCAAGACCGUGCCGCACCUCUACCUCCUUCUCAGCCACCACCACCCGCUCGUUCAGCCACACACCAAUCCCGUCAAUCUCUUGAUGUCAGCCGUCCUUCGAUGAACAUGCGUCGCAGUAUGGACGUCGCCAGACCUUCUCAAGACGGCCACAUUGCCACUGAUGUCGACCUUGCCGAGAACACUCUCUGGUGGGCACAAGCCAACACUCCUCCACCAGUCUUCCAAAACAGAAGCGACAUUCUGUUUGAAGUCGAGGAAAACGUAACGCAAAGACGCGGCGGCAGAACCUCAAUCGCAAAAGACGUCUACGUGCUGUUCAUCGACUACAGUCAAACCGUCAUCACAGCCCGCUACGACGGCCAGAACCCUGCAGAAGCAUCUCUCGAGCAACGCCACGAAUCCCCUCCACCCCGUCUCCGUCAAGACCAACUGGAAACCGCAUGGCAAAAAUACGGCACCAAAAUCUCCGAAGCCGCAGCAGGUAAAAAGGACCAUGUUGUUGGCAACGGCAGCCCUCACUCCCUCGUCCUAGACCUCCUCACCCCUUUCCACGACGCUCUCAAACCAGUAGGCACAAGAGCCUACGGCGCCCUCGUCUACGCCAAUCUCGCAAACGCCAGUGUCCAGCAAUUCGACGAGAUCCGGCCCGGUGACAUAAUAACCCUUCGCAAUGCCAAACUGCAAGGUAAACAUGGAGCCAUGCACAAAUCGUACUCUAUGGAUGUCGGUACGGGAAACACCUCUCAUGUAGCUGUUGUAGUCGAUUGGGACGGCACGAAGAAAAAGGUCAGAGCUUGGGAACAAGGGAGGGAGAAGAAGCAGAAGUGUAGGAUGGAGAGUUUCCGUCUUGGAGAUUUGAGGUCUGGUGAAGUGAGGGUUUGGAGGGUUGUUGGACGUGAGUGGGUGGGAUGGGAUUCUUGAGUGAUUUUGGAGACGGAAAAAAGCUCCUGGACGAUGUGGUUUCAGUUUUUUCUUUGUAAAGUGCGAUUCAUUGGGUUUUUCGUUUUUUUUUCCUUGUUGCAUUGGGGAGUUCCUGUACUAUAAUCGAUGCUGCUUCGCCUGUUCUUUUUCUUCCUACAUUGUUUUGUGAUGUUUUGUAUUGACUUGAUAGUCUUUGUGUGCUAUUAUGGUAGUAUUUUUGCAUCUCAUAACAGCCCAUGUGAUCUUGUC